CUGGGACGCCCACAGCGCACCGGGCCGGGGGAGCGGCCGCGCCGGGCCGGGCGGGCGGGUGGCGGGGGCGCGCUCGGGGGCCCGGGCCGCGUGGGCGCCGGGAUGGAGGGCGCCGAGGGGCGGGGAGCGGGCGUGCGUGUGUGUGCGAGUGCGAGGGAGGCCGGCCUUGAGUGAAACCGGAGCUACAAAGAAGGGGAGAGUCCGGGAGCGGGAGGGCGCGAGGGAGGAGCGGCGGCGCCGGGGCAGCUCCGACGCCCUCCCGCGGGGAAGGAGCCCCCGCGGAGCCGCCGAGGCCCCGACGCGGGGCCGCCCCUCCGCCAGCCGCCCCGCGCCCGCCGGGAAUGAUGAAGAAGAACAAUUCCGCCAAACGGGGGCCGCAGGAUGGAAACCAGCAGCCUGCACCGCCGGAGAAGGUCGGCUGGGUCCGGAAAUUCUGCGGGAAAGGGAUUUUCAGGGAGAUUUGGAAAAACCGCUAUGUGAUGCUGAAGGGGGACCAGCUCUACAUCUCCGAGAAGGAGGUGAAAGAUGAGAAAAACAUUCAAGAGAUAUUUGACCUGAGUGACUACGAGAAGUGUGAGGAGCUCCGGAAGUCCAAGAGCAGGAGCAAGAAGAACCACAGCAAGUUUACUCUCGCCCACUCCAAACAGCCGGGCAACACGGCACCCAACCUGAUCUUCCUGGCAGUGAGUCCGGAAGAGAAGGAAUCGUGGAUCAACGCCCUCAACUCCGCCAUCACCCGAGCCAAGAACCGUAUCUUGGAUGAGGUCACCGUUGAGGAGGACAGCUAUCUUGCCCACCCCACUAGAGACAGGGCGAAAAUCCAGCACUCCCGUCGCCCCCCAACAAGGGGACACCUGAUGGCUGUGGCCUCCACCUCUACCUCAGAUGGAAUGCUGACCUUGGACCUGAUCCAAGAGGAAGACCCUUCCCCUGAGGAACCAACCUCCUGUGCUGAGAGCUUUCGGGUUGACCUGGACAAGUCUGUGGGCCAGCUGGCAGGGAGCCGGCGGAGGGCAGACUCGGACCGCAUCCAGCCCUCCGCAGACCGGGCAAGCAGCCUCUCCCGACCUUGGGAGAAACCAGACAAGGGGGCCACCUACACCCCCCAGGCACCCAAGAAGUUGGCUCCCACAGAGAAAGGCCGCUGUGCCUCCCUGGAGGAGAUCCUGUCUCAGCGGGACACUGCCCCUCCCCGCACCCUCCAGCUGCGGGCUGAGGAACCCCCAACCCCUGUCCUUCCCAACCCGGGACAGCUGUCCCGGAUCCAGGACCUGGUAGCAAGGAAACUGGAGAAGACUCAGGAGCUGCUGGCAGAGGUUCACGGCCUGGGGGAUGGGAAGCGAAAGGCCAAGGACCCCCCUGGGUCUCCGCCGGAUUCUGAGUCAGAGCAGCUGCUGCUGGAGACGGAGCGGCUGCUGGGAGAGGCAUCAUCGAAUUGGAGCCAGGCAAAGAGGGUGCUGCAGGAGGUCAGGGAGCUGAGAGACCUGUACAGACAGAUGGACCUGCAGACCCCCGACUCCCACCUCAGACAGACCACCCCUCACACCGGCUGCAGGUCACGUGUUGCUCUGGAGAACUGAGAAGGGUGAGCAGACAACCCAUCGUGACCCCAAAAGAGCAAGAGGGCAGAAGUAAGCGAAGUCUUUAUUAUCAAGCAAGAAAUAUGCUGCUUAAAAAGGAAAGUAUUCUAAAUUAUCUUUUCUUACAUGACGUUGAAAUGAGAUCUAGUAAAUGCAUCAGUUAGUAAGGGAAAGACCAAAGCAGUGCCGGGCAGUGACAUCCAAGUAACAUAAUCCUGCAAUCUACUUGACAUUCUCUGAUAAUGGACUGCUCACUACAGCCUACAAUUUCCUACAGAUUAACACGCCAGUUACUUAUUGAAAUGUAAAAUUCAGAUGAUUUCACUGGCGCGUGGAGGGGAGGGUACACACAUUAUAUACGUGUGGCUGCUUUCUCUCUCGUUUUACGAAAGUCCAUUGUGUCCUUAACUUUGGAGUACAAGCUGUCAUCACGCUGUCAUCAAAAACAUUUAUUAAGUCUCCAAAUUUCAAAGUAUGUUUUGUUUUCAUGACUAUUUAUUUACGUUUCUCCCAACUAGAUGGUGAGCAGUUUACACAGGUGCUCAACAAAUGUGUUUUAAUGAAUGUCUACAAGAGGCUAAUUUGAAUUUUUAGAAAUGAAUUACAUAGCACAAUAGAAGCAUAAUAAAAGCAUAAGAACAAUAAUGGACCUAUAAGAAGGCACGGGCGUUGCUGCCCAGAAAGCCAGGUUCCCGUUCCAGCUCUGCUCCUUGGUGGUUUGACAUUGGGCAGGUCUUAAUUUUUUUUCAGAGAUGGGGUCUCACUAUGUUGCCCAGGCGGGAGUGCAGUGGCUAUUCACAGGCACGAUCCCACUACUGAUCAGCACAGGAGUUUUGACCUGCUCUGUUUCCAACCUGGGCUGGUUCACCCCUCCUUAGGCGACCUAGUGGUCCCCCGAUCCCAGGAGGUCACCAUAUUGAUGCCGAACUUAGUGCAGACACCCGAUCUCCACAGCGCACUACAGCCCAGAACUCCCGGGCUCAAUCGAUCCUCCCACCUCAGCGUCCCAAGAAGCUGGGACUACAGGCGCGCGCCACCGCAUCCAGCUCAAUUCUUACAUCUAUUUCCUCAUCUGAAAAACAGAAUAACCCAUGUCUCUUCUACUUACCCAGGAGACUGCUAUAAGAAUCAAAUGAUUCCAUCAAUUUUAAGGUGUUUUACAAACGGUAAAGUACUUUGCUGAUGUUAUUAUUUCUUUUUGUUGUCAUUUUUGAGACAGAGUCUCGCUCUGUUGCCCAGGUUGGGGUGCAGUGGUGCCAUCUCAGCUCACUGCAACCUCUGCCUCCCAGGCUGAAACGAUUCUCCGGCCUCAGCUUUCCAAGUAGCUGGGACUACAGGCACCUGGCACCACACCCAGCUGAUUUUUGUGUUUUUAGUAGAGACAGGGUUUCUCCAUGUUGUCCAGGCUGUCUCAAACUCCUGGCCUCAGGUGAUCCACCUGCCUCAGCCUCCCAAAGUACUGAGAUCACAAAGUACGGAGCCACCGCGCCCCGCCUGCUGUUAUUAUUUUAGAAGUGGGAUGCAUUUACUAGGAUGCAUAACAAGACUGGGAAACAUAUUCAAGAAUUCCAGACCCAGGCAGAUUGAGAUGAGGGAAGCUACCUCUCACUUCAUCAGUCUUAAAGUAGUCCAGAAGUAAUCUACUCCUGGUCUCUGCUGUUUAUUAUUUGUCUUCUUAGAGCCUUAGUUUCUUUCUUUCUUUCUUUUUUUUGAGGCAAGAGUCUCUGUCACCCAGGCUGGAGUGCAAUGGCACGAUCUCUGCUCACUGCAACCUCCACCUCCCAAGUUCAAGUGAUUCUCCUGCCUCGGCCUCCUUAGUAGCUGGGAUUACAGGCAUCUGCCACUGUGCCUGGCUACUUUUUGUAUUUUUAGUAGAGACAGGGUUUCACCAUGUUAGGCCAGGCUGCUCUUGAACUCCUGACGUCAAGUGAUCCUCCUGCCUCAGCCUCCCAACAUGCUGGGAUUACAGGUGUGAACAACUCGCACCCAGCCCUCAGUUUCUUUCUUUUUUUUUUUUUUUUUUGAGACAGAGUCUUGCUCUGUCGCCACAAUGGAGUGCGGUGGCAUGAUCUCGGCUCAACCUCCGUCUCCUGGGUUCAAGUGAUUCCUUUGCCUCAGCCUCCUGAGUAGCUGGGACCACAGGUGCAUGCCACCACCCUCAGCUAAUUUUUUGUAUUUUAGUAGAGAUGGGGUUUCACCAUGGCCAGGAUGGUCUCGAUCUCUUGACUUCCUGAUCUGCCCGCCUCAGCCUCCCAAAGUGCUGGAAUGACAGGCGUGAGUCCCCACGCCUGGCUCUCUCUUUAUAUCACUCUCUCUGAGCCUCAUUUAUGUCAUCUGUAACAUGAUAAUAAAAUGUGCCUUACCCCAGAAGGUUUGCAAGGGGAUUCUAAUUAGAUUAUUCUUGCUAAGUUCUCUGACAGCUGUAAAGUACUAUACAAAGGCAAAGAAAUCUUGUCCAAAUUUCCUAAAGGUGAUGAACUUUCAGAUACAGUUUCAGGAAAGCACACAGGCUGCGAUUAUGGGAGGCUAACACUGGCAGUGACACCCCAAGAGCGUAGAACAUUCUAGUAUCCGUUAUCUUGGGGUGGAUUACACAUUGCGUUAGAAACGCCAUUCUGACAAGGCCUUGCAAAACAGUAAAAUGAAACAUAGGCCCUUUCACAUACAUUGACUCAAUAAAUCUUCCCAACACUGUGCCAAGUGGAAAUUAUGAUGCCUAUUUGACUGAUGGGGAGCUGAAGCCCGGGGAUGUUGAAGCUUACCUAAGAUUAUGCAACUGGCAAAUGGCUGCAUCAAAACAAAUUCCUCCAACUCCAGCAGAAGAGGACAUAGCGUGCUUACAUGAAAAGGAAGAGCCAGUCGGGGGUGGCCUUAAACAAACGGCCCGUUUCUCUUUCCUCCGUGACACAGCUUUCUACUCAAGCCAGCAAACCUUUUCUUUCACAAAUACUUCAUAUUUCUUACUAUGGCUGGGGUGCCCAAAGAAACAACUAUAACAACAGGUAGAUUUAGGGUACCACAGGAUGGGCCGGGCACGGUGGCUCACGCCUGUAAUCCCAGCACUUUGGGAGGCCAAGGCAGGUGGAUCACCUGAGCUUGGGAGUUCGAGACCAGCCUGAGCAACACGGAGAAAACCUGUGUCUACUUAAAAAAAAACAAACAAAAAAAUUAGCUGGACAUGGUGGCCUGUAAUCCCAGUUACUCGGGAGGCUGAGGCUGGAGAAUUGCUUGAAUCCAGGAGGUACAGAUUUCGGUGAGCCGAGAUCGUGCCAUCGCACUCCAUGGUGCCUCGGCAACAAGAGCAAAACUCCGUCUCAAAAAAAAAAAAGGAUACCACGGGGUGACGUCUGUGCACAGGCAGGAAGGCAUUUUUACCCGAGCAGAGUCUGGUCAAUGUCCACAGCUGUGGUGCCUGCUCCCCACUUCUUUAAUUGAAGAAGUGGCUCUGGUCAGCUUCACUCUAACCCUGUUAGAAAUGCCCAGUUCUGGCCGGGCGCGGUGGCUCACGCCUGUAAUCCCAGCACUUUGGGAGGCUGAGGUGGGUGGAUCACGAGGUCAAGAGAUCGAGACCAUCCUGGCCAACAUGGUGAAACCCCGUCUCUACUAAAAAUACAAAAAUUAGCUGGGCAUGGUGGCACGUGCCUAUAAUCCCAGCUACUCGGGAGGCUGAGGCAGGAGAAUUGCCUGAACCCAGGAGGCAGAGGUUGCAGUGAGCCGAGAUCGCGCCAUUGCACUCCAGCCUGGGUAACAAGAGCUUAACUCCGUCUCAAAAAAAAAAAAGAAAUGCCCAGUUCUUAGGUCACAUCCCAAUUCUACACAGAGACUCAAGGGUCUGCAGAAACACCUACUACUCUCCCACCUCCCUCCUCGUAAAUAAGUUCAUCGUAUGGCUUAGGCGAGUCAAGAGUAGCUCAUCAAACACACACUAGCGGUCCGUACUUCUGUACAAAUAUUUUUCACCGCCUAGAAUUAUUUUUUCAUUAUUUUGUGUCUCUUCCCUUAUUUAAAAUCUAAUUUUAAAAAAUCUAACUCAAAUAUCAAACAUUAGAAACAGCCCCAGUGUACAUCCAUUUAGAGAGCAAGGUGGCUGGUCAUGGUAGUUCACACCUGUAAUCUCAGCACUUUGGGAUGCUGAGAUAGGGGAUCGCUUGUGCCCACGAGUCUGAGACCAGCCUGAGCAACAGUGUGAAGCUCUGACUCUACAAAAACACACAAAAUUACCCAGAUGUGGUGGUGCACACCUGUAGUCCCAGCUAAUCAGGAAGCUGAGGUGGGAGGACUCUUUGAUCCCAGGAGGCAGAGGUUGCAGUGAGCCAAGAUCAUGCCACUGUACUCCAGCCUGGGAAACACAGUGAGAACCUGUCUCAAAAAAAAAAAAUUGGAAACCAAUUUAAAUAAGUAAUAAGAACACACAUUCACCAAAUAAUGGACGAUUAAACAGUUAUUCAAAAGAACAACGUAGGCAGGGCAUGGUGGCUCACACCUGUAAUCCCAACGCUCUGGAAGGCCAAUGCAGGAGGAUCACUUGAGGCCAGGGUUUGAGACCAACCUGGGCAACAUAGGGAGAUCCCGUCUCCAUGAAAAAAUAAAAAAUUAGUGGUGCACUCCUGCAGUCCUAGCUACUCGGAGGCAGAGGCAGGAGGAUCCCUUGAGCGUAGGAGUUUGGGGUUACGGUGAGCUGUGAUUGCACCACUGCAUUCCAGCCUGAGUGACAGAGCAAGGGCCUGUCUCUUCAACAACAAAACCAAAAACAGAUGUAACAGACUGCCAAAAUAGAAUGUUAAGUGAAUCAGUAAAGGGAAGAGCAAGGUGUAUAGUGUGUUCUAAUUUUUAUAAAAGAGAAACAUUAAAUAUAGGCUUACAGUGGCACCAAAAAAAAACCUCUAGAAUACACAAGAACUGUUAAGAAUGGCUGUCUCUGGUUAAAGAGACAUACUUUUCAUUACAUGCCUUUAGUGCUGUUUGAAUUUUCCCAUGGCAUGUAUUACUAAUUCAGUUCAAACGAAACAAAAACAAAACUCUAAACAUGUUUUUCUAUCAAAAGCUCUACUUGUCCACCCUACUUCCUAGAUAUCUCCCAAAUCUGAUUACCACCCACUUCCCACUGCCUCUGCCCCAGCCUAACUAUAGGAGUGAACUAUGCUUUGCUCCUGCAUUCCAAAAUCUCAAGGCGCAUGUUUUCAUUUAAAAUAUAAUUGUUUAAAGAGAGUAGCACCUGGUUAUCCAGACUAUUUAGUUAAAUUGAAAACUAUCAAAAGGCAUAUUGCAGCCUCACCUGCCUGCGAGCUCUAGCCUGCAUUAUAGUUGUUUGAAGGUCAAUUUUGAGUUGUUUGCCCUGAGGGCCAAAAUUGCUCCUCAUGGUUUUGCCUCUACAGGUUCAGGCCAUCAACCCCUCUCUCUCCAACGACUGCAACAGAAUUUCUAAUUAGUGUCACUAACUCUACUGUUUCUCAUCCUCCCUCUCCCAAAAAUCCAUCCCCUUACUGAAAUCAGAGUGAUCCAAAUUUUUUAAUCUGGCCGGUUGUGGUGGUUCACACCUGUAAUCCCAACACUUUGGGAGGUGGAGGCGGGUGGAUCACCUGAGGUCAGGAGUUCGAGACCAGCCUGGCCAACAUGGUGAAACCCCGUCUCUACUAAAAAUAUUUUUAAAAGAAACAAACAAACAAAAAGAUUAGUUGGGCAUUGUGGCGGAUGCCCGUAAUCCCAGAUACACUUGGGAGGUUGAGGCGGGUGAAUCACUUGAACUGGGGAGGCAGAAGUUCCAGUGAGCUGAGAUCACGCCAUUGUACUCCAUCCUGGGUAACAAGAGCAAGACUCCGUUCAAAAAAAAAGAAGUAAAAUGUUAAAUCUGAUAUUUAUAUUCCCCACUGCCCUUGAGUGAGAGUCCACCUUCAGCACUGUUCACAGGGCCUCUGUGAGCCACUUCCUUCUUCUCCAUUCCCCUUACAGACCCCUCGGGGCCACCCCAUGCUCUAAACUCCAGCCACACUGCAGUUUAGUGAACUCUGUGCCCUGAAUCAGCAUUGCCCGUUCUGGCCUCUAACACCCAUGCCCGCUAUUUACUCUUUAGGGAUCCCUGCUAUCCUCAGCUUGACAGCAGAGCACUGACCAAAAUAUUUGCUCAGGGAGGCCAAAGAAAUGAAACUGCAGCUGCCACAGGCUUGCCUGUCUUUUUUUUUUUUUUGAGACAGAGUCUCUCUAUUGCCCAGGCUGGAGUGCAGUAGUGGGAUCUCAACUCACUGCAACCUCCGCCUCCCAGGUUCAAGCAACUCUCAUGCCUUAGCCUCCCAGGUAUCUGGGACUGUAUGAGUGUAUCAUCACGCCUGGCUAAUUAUUUUUUGUACUUUUUUUUUUUUUUGAGACGGAGUUUCGCUCUUGUUACCCAGGCUGGAGUGCAAUGGCGCGAUCUCGGCUCACCACAACCUCCACCUCCUGGGUUGAGGCAAUUCUCCUGCCUCAGCCUCCUGAGUAGCUGGGACUACAGGCACGCACCACCAUGCCCAGCUAAUUUUUUGUUUUUUUUAGUAGAGACGGGGUUUCACCCUGUUGACCAGGAUGGUCUCAAUCUCUUGACCUUGUGAUCAACCCACCUCAGCCUCCCAAAGUGCUGGGAUUACAGGCUUGAGCCACCGCGCCCAGCCUAUUUUUUGUACUUUUUUGUAGAGAUGAGGUUUCACCCUGUUGGUCAGGCUGGUCUCAAACUCCUGACCUCAGGUUCUCUCCCCACCUCGGCCUCCCAGAGUGCUGGGAUUACAGGUAAGAGUCACCAUGCCAGGUCAGGCUUGCCUCUCUGAGCCACACCCUUCUCCUGUUGGAACAAGCAUCCUUUCCAUUAAAAGUAAUACAUCCCCUCUUAUUUAAGUGACAGAUGGUUAAGAUUGUUACUUUUGGCCAAACAUGGUGGCUUACGCCUGCAAUCCCAGCACUUUGGGAGGCCGAGGCGGGCAGAUCACGAGGUCAAGAGAUCGAGACCAUCCUGGCCAACAUGGUGAAACCCUGUCUCUACUAAAAAUACAAAAAUGGUGAAACCCUGUCUCUACUAAAAAUACAAAAAAUUAGCCUGGGAUGGUGGUGCGUGCUUGUAAUCCCAGGUACUCGGGAAGAUGAGGCAGGAGAAUUGCUUGAAACCGGAAAACAGAAUUUGCAGUGAGCCGGGAUCGCGCCAGGGCACUCCAGCCUGGUGAUAGAGUGAGACUCUGUCUCAAAAAAAAAAUUGUUACUUUUGCUUUCAGCAAUCCUCUAAAAAAAAAGGAAGAGGACAAACUUUAAGGCCAAAAACUAACUUCUAUCAGCCAUGCAGAAGUUCCAAGAGGUGACCUGUGUUCUUCACAUAAAGACCUCCACAAAGGCCCCUUCUGUCAUGGAGUCACAGUUCCAGCAAGCUAGGUUCAUCCUCGAAUGUGUAAUGGCUUUCCAAGCCUACCUGGAGAACCGUGAAUCACCUGGACUCCACUUCCCCUCCCACACUGGGUCCUUCACCCCACCAGGCUUGAGUUUUGCUUGGGGAGAGAAUGGUCUCUAGACAAUAUGUCUCUCCCUAUCAGUCUGCAGGAUGCUCAGCAGGGGCCCCUCGACACGCCUGCUGGACACGGCUGCUCCCACGGCAUGUGCAAAGGCUUCACACUGGGAUUGAAGGUUCUACAUUUCUUCAUGGACAUCCCCAAACAACACAGAACAGAGACAAGGUUUUCUGGUCCUUUUGGAAUGUCCACACCAUUCCCAUUCUUCAAAAUCUGUCACACUCCCAAAUAACUCCAGUGAACAAUGAACUCUUCCCAUACGCAGUAGCAGUUGAUUCUUUAUUUGAUACUGAAUUAUAUAUUCUCUUGAACUGUUCUCUAACAACUAUGGGGCAUUUUCAACAAUAGUUGAAUGGAAAAAUAUCUGGUUUCCAGGCCAGGUGUGGUGGCUCACGCCUGUAAUUCCAGCACCUGGAAUUACAGGGUUGAUCACCUGAGGUCAUGAGUUCGAGACUAGCCUGGCCAACAUGGUAAAACCCUGUCUCUACUAAACAUACAAAAAUUAGCCAGGCAUGGUGGUGGGCACCUGUAAUCCCAGCUAUUCAGGAUACUGAGGCACGAGAAUCGCCUGAAUCUGGGGUGUGGAAGUUGCAGUUAGCUGAGAUCACACCAUUGCACUCCAGCCUGGGUGACAGAGACAGACUCCAUCUCAGGAAGAAAAAAAAAGAUCUGGCCUCUCAAGAGGCCACCACUAACUCUCUGUGUAACCUUGAGCAAACCAACGUUCUGGGCCUCGGUGCUCCAUCCUAAGAGGACUUCCGAUCUCUUAGGAUCUUCCGCAGUCUGUGUGUUUCUGACUCAAAACUCCUCCAAGUGCAGGAAUACAGCCGCAUCCCUUUCUCAAGGCCAGACACAUACUAGGCGCUCUAUUAAUAUCUGAAUUAAAACCACGGAUGAAGAGCUUGCCCGGCCCUGGCCUUUCUACACCACGCCAACGCGCCACGGAUCAUUGUGUCUUCCCUGGGAAAGACCCUCAGAGCCUAUGACGUCACCGAUACAGAUCUGUUACUCCUUAGCUUAAACUUACAUCUCUCCAGGUCAACCGUCAAGAAAGCUAUGAAAUUAUCAACAAGGAUUUAAACUGUCGGCUCCAAUUUCACUUAUUUCCCCUACCCCACUACGCCCUUUUUCCGCAGCACUUGCACUAACCGCGGAAGUUGCAGUUAGCUGAGAUCGCGCCACUGCAAUGAAACACAUUCAUGCUGUACAUACUCAUUUGUUAGGGCAACUGCCUCGACCCUACCACCCAGAUCCCCCGUGUUCCUCGCAAGUAAGCCAAAUGACCAUGUGAAGAACUGACUGACGCCCAAAGGAAAAUAAUAAACACAAGCAAAUAAAAGCAAAUUCCUUUCCAGGAAUUUCACUUGGAAAACCAAGUAUAAUGGCAAAAAACAAAACACACAAAAAAACCACCGCAACAAAAAACUCUAAUUUUUUCAGCGACGGGGACGUUGGGGGUGUAGACAUCUCGAGAGCCGGUUUCCGAAGGCACCGCACCCCAGACAAUGCGCGACAAGAGCCUCCCAGCUGCUGGGUCAAUGACGCCUUUCAGGCCCUCCACACUGCUUCACUUGUUCCCUAAAGUACUGCUUUCUGGAAGCUAAAGUCUCAGCUGGCAGGAACAGUGAACUCCGUGCCAUUUGUCUAUCAACGCCUUUAAAAAGCAAAACCUCCUCUACAGCUGUCUUGUUUUGCAUUUUCUAUUCUGCACUCCAGUACACGUAACGACACACAGAGGAGGCAGGGGCGCUUUUAAAACCGUGAAGAAAGAAGAAAUUUGAAAGCACCCAGAAGGCUCUGCUUUCAGCUAUUAGAGAAAAGUUUGCAUCCCAUAGAAACCAGCACUAAUUAAAAAAAAAAAAAAAAAAAGUCAGUCCUCAAUCCUGGGAAUCAACAAUAA